ACGCCGGGGCCCACGUGCCAGUUUUUCAUUCGGACGAACGCGUUUAUCAGCAGGAUACGAGCUCAUCCGCGUCGAGUCUGUCACCAGAGAAUGGUCGACAGGUGCUCGUAAACCCUGGUCAAGACAAUGUCGCUUCCGGCAGUACACGUGCACAUGCCAGCGAUGGGAGUGCAAAAGCCGGGGACCUCCAGGGUUCAUGGACUGUUGUUCAGAAGUCUCCAGUGCAUUUGGGCCAUCCUCCAACAUCAACACCGCGAAGAGGUCCAUAUUGUGGACAGUCGCUACUAGGUUUGAGGCCUGCGACCCGAAGCAGCGGGCAACGGGACCGGGAAAAUUUCCCUUCUCCACCCGGAGACGACUUGGAGGGCGAAGAUCCAUGUGGUGAAGAGGAGCCUGAUUCAGUACCCGGUCGUCAAGGGAGGGGCGUUAGGAAACCACCUGGGUUGCUCCUAUCCCCAGAACAGGAGGGCUCUCCAAGUCGAGAGGAAGGUGCAGCACAAGCGCCUGCACCUGCACCUGCACCUGCACGUCCACUGACCCGAAUUCAGGAAGGACAAAGCCUGAACCUUGAUCCCAAACCAGUCACGCCUAGACCGGAUUUUUCAAAGACAUGCGAUUCCUCUACUUUGCAUUACCGACAUCCCCUCGCCAAUCCAUGUUGCGAUGUCGCCCAAGACUCCCGACAUGAUGAUUCUGACGGCGAUGAUGAAGUGCCUAUUGUAAGAUUUGGUAACCUCAAUUUCGAAGAUGCUUUACAAGACCGUCGCGACCUCGAUGGGGACACGGUUACUGAUUGUUACGUGAAGCCUGUUCCUGUCGCGGUGAUCGGCAGCCAUUCUGCCAAUGACCGACCCGAAGAUAUCGACGGUGACGAUGGUGGUGCUGACGGAAAGUUGAGAGACAGCAGUCAGGUAGGCAGUGACAAAUCUGUUGCUGAAUCAGUAAAUGACCCAGAUGAUGCCGACACAGAGAGCAUUGAAGGUUCCCGAAAAGAUGCCACUAAUUCUCACGUCGUUUCUCAACUUCUAGGUGCAACAACCAUAGAAGAACCGGAUCCAGGAGAGUACACGAGCGACGAUAAUGGAAACAACGUAUCGCCUUCGCCUGUCUCUGAGCAAAAUGCCUUUCUACACUCGGACACCGAUACCUUCGAUCAAGACUCAUCCUCGGAGGCAGUCUCAUUCUACGAGGAUUCCGACUACGAAGACUCUGACCUCGAAGACAACGAGAUGAACGAAGAAGAGGAGUAUUUGUCGGAUCUUUGCGAGGCCAAUGAUGAUAGCCCCGACGCGAACGCCAGCAAUGCCCUUACGCAGUCAAUGACCACAUCCGGAAGACGUCGAUUGACAAGUGAGGAACGCGAGCUUGUUCGACAAACAAGAGAAAUUGGAGCCUGCUGCUUGCCUAACCCCAGAAACCCCGAAGGGAAAUGCAAAACAUGCAAAAGAUUUUCCAAAACCUCUGCGAAAACGAUCCACCGAGUUCCCUGUUUGCGACUCCGAAUCACCGAAAUUGUGCUCUAUCGAAGCGGCGGCCUCAACCUCACUAAACGUUGGGAGGGGAUCGAGAUGCGGGAUGUUUCAAAUCGCCAGAUCAUGUCUCCCAUUGUGAUUCAAGUUUCCCAAGAUUUUUGCAAGAAGCCAAUAUCCAUCGAAGUUGUCCAAUUCGAACCUCAAGAGGGCGAUGUGACAGCUCGGUACUGGACUGAAUGUCACUCUGGAAGGACAACACGCAAGAAGAAGGAGUUGCCAACAUAUUGUCUAAAGAGCAUUUAUGCGACGGCCAACGAAGUCAGACGAUACACUAUAGAGAAUGCGCUUCCUGCAUAUCUCCAUACAAUCAAAGAGGAGUUAAGCUCGGGACGCGAAGGCGGGCCAGUUGUUUUCAGGACCUAUUACAUGAUAUUGACACGCUAUGUGGAACUCAUGAAAGAACACAAGUCUGGGAACGCAAUGUCUCCGGAGGAUGAGAAAGAGGCGAAGAUUUAUGGAAACCUUUUUAUUCUGUGGUGCGCCAUGCAACACACUGUAGGAUCUCUCUACAUACAAGGCGACGAGACACUAGGCAUACGGCCCGAAAACCAAGAUAAAUCCUACCCACUCUACGGCAAGAUAUCGCCCCCGCGCAUGAUCGUUGCUCAGUUCGAUAACCUCGUGUACAACGCGGUUCUCGAGACAUAUAAGGACAAGGUACUCAAGGAUGUCGAUUGGCUCUUCAGUCAAGAUAAAAAUCGGUGGUGGUUCACUGUAUACAAUAUCCUUUUUAUCUUUCUGCGCGAAGUGAGCCGCAUGACUGCAGAUAGAUAUCGACAUGCCAGGCAAAAUUUUGGACCGAAGCCACGAUACUCAAUACCCGGAUUCGUCGAACGUCUCCAUGAAAGUUGUAAUAACAUGCUCACACAUUGGCACUACUACAACUGUAACAAAUGGCCCCAAAGCAAAGACGAAGACAAUGCCGAGCAUUUCGCAAAAAUCGCGGUGGAUGACUUGGAGAUCAUCAAACAGACGCGUGAGGACAAGGUCAUCAAGCGGCAUCUCUCUGUAUGGAAGCAAUACAAGGCCAAUAAUGGCAAAGUGAACGGACUCGUCCUUCGAAAGGACCCAGACACUGUCGACUACACAGGCAGCCAGGAUAAGUAUGACUGGGAUCAUCCACUCUAUUGGGUGGCGCAAAUGUUUGAGAAGAAUUGGUACCCCCAUCCGACGUACCACAGAGAGCUUGUGCCCAAGAAUCCUUUUUCGACACCCGUUUCUACGCCCAAUUGA